UGUUACUAUGCUGUUUGCAGAAAGCGUACACUUCUGCCUGGGAUAAGGACAAGAUCAACCUCCACAUCAUGCCCGACACCCCUGAGAUCAUCCUGGCCAAGCAGAACAAAAUCAACACCAGUCUGAAACAAUACCGUGAAGGCUAUAUGGACGCCAUAAACAAAGGCUACUACCUUCCCAAAGAUGCAAUUUCUGUAAAAUCAGCCAGGGCCUCCCGAGACAUCGUCAGUGAUUACAAAUACAAGGCCGGUUACCGCAAGCAAUGUGGCCAUCAUAUUGGUGCGCUCAGCGUCAGAGACGACCCUCUGAUCAUGUUGGCCGCUAACGCAGCCAGGAUCUCCAGCGACAACAUCUACAAGAAGGACUUCAACAAGACCAAGACCAAAUACAACCUGCCAGGCGACAUGCUGGCGAUUGAACUGGCCAAGAAGUGCCAGCAUCAAGUGAACGACUUCAACUACAGAACUCACUUACACCAGUGGACCUGCCUGCCAGACUCCACGGAUGUGGUUCAGGCUAGAAAGGCCUACGACCUCCAGAGUGAUGCCGUGUAUAAAGCCGACAUGGAGUGGCUGAGGGGAUGCGGCUGGUCACCACAGGACUCCGUGGACGUCGUCAAAGCUAGAAAAGCUCAGGCCAUCAUCAACGAGAGGCUCUACCGCCAGCCCCCCAGCUCUGUGAAGUUCACCAGCGUGGUCGACCUCCCGGCGAUCGUCUUGUCCAAGCAGAACGCUCACAACAUCAGUGAUAGGAAGUAUAGAGAAGUCUGGGAUAAAGACAAGCUCUUUUUCCGCCUGCCAGUUGACACCCCCGCCGCUGUGCUGUCCAAAGCCAACGCUAUCACCAUCAGCAACAAACUGUACACAAAGGCAUGGGACGACCAGAAGGCCAAGGGCUACCACAUCAAGCAGGAUGCCAUCGCCGUGCUGAAGGCUAGAGCUUCCAGAGAUAUCAUCAGUGACUACAAGUACCACGCGAGUUACCGUAAGCAGGUGGGCCACCACAUCGGCGCUC